AUGACGGCUUCAACCGCACCUCAGAGCACCGGUACGGCGCUGGCAUUUGUCAUCGCAAAUGUUGUAAUUGCAUUGUUGGCGAUGGGGUUCGUCGGGCUUCGCUUCUUGGCACGGUAUCGGUUCUCUGGGCUGGGUUGCUGUGAUAUUUUUGUGUUUCUUGGCUCUCAUACCUUUAUCUUCAACAUUUUUUACAUAAUUGGUCUGGGUGCGACCAGAAUGAGCCUACUUCUAUUCCUCCUCCGUGCCGUUGCAUCACGGCCGCUGAAGAUCGCUUGCCAUGUGGCAAUCGCCAUAACGGCCGUCUGGACGGUCGCCUUUGGGCUCUCCCAGGUGUUUAUAUGUACUCCAGUUGCUUCACAGUGGGACUUGAGUCUGAAUGGGACGUGUGCCAGCCGGAUUGGCAUUUACAAUGCCAUGAUAUACACGAAUAUCGUACUCGACUUGGGUAUCAUGUUGUUGCCAUCUUAUGAGAUCUGGCAUCUCAACUUCAGCCACGCGGAGAAGGCUGGCCUUGCAGCAACAUUUAUUCUUGGCUUUGGCGCCGUCAUCGCAAACUGCGCCAGACUGACCACCGUGGGCAUCGCCGACACGUAUGGGGACUUUGUCGGCACCGUGGACGACAAGUUCUACUUCCUGGCAGCGCUCGAGGUGGUCCUGGGAAUCUCAGCCGUCAGCAUUCCUGCGCUGAGGCCGCUCUACUGCCACAACGGGGGUCCAGGCUCGUGGCUGCGACUGUGUCGGUUGAUCCGAGGCGGCAGUUGUGAAGGUAAUGAUGAUAGUGCAGGGGCUGAGCUGGGCCGGGUGCGUGGGCGGAACACGGAAGGUAUCGAGAAGGGGAUCACGGUCGAGACAGAAUUUAUCCUGUCGUCAUACCGCACCUCAAAUUAA